GGUCCUGGCACUGGCAGCCAUCUUGGAUGUGCGGGCUGAUUGUUUAGUGAAAAGAAUCGGGAGUAAAGCACAUAAAGACCGAAAACAGCCGCAGCUACCGAAGGACCGACACCAGAAGACAAACACACGGACCCGGGCUGACCCAGUGAAGGCAUGAGGACAUCAGCCUAGUCAUCAGUCAUGGCCGAUAAACGAAAACUCCAAGGUGAAAUAGAUCGAUGUUUGAAAAAGGUAGCGGAGGGGGUGGAGCAGUUUGAAGACAUCUGGCUGAAGGUACGCGGAGGUCGCGUCGAGCUGCACAACGCCGCAAACGCCAACCAGAAGGAGAAAUAUGAAGCAGACCUCAAGAAGGAGAUCAAGAAACUACAGCGACUGCGGGACCAGAUCAAGACGUGGGUCGCAUCCAACGAGAUCAAAGACAAACGGCAGCUCGUCGAGAACCGCAAACUCAUAGAAACGCAGAUGGAGCGCUUCAAGGUGGUGGAGCGUGAGACCAAGACGAAGGCCUACUCCAAGGAAGGCCUGGGGCUCGCCCAGAAGGUGGACCCCGCCCAGAAGGAGAAGGAGGAGGUCGGCACCUGGCUGACGAACACCAUCGACACGCUGAACAUGCAGGUGGACCAGUACGAGAGCGAGGUGGAGUCGCUCUCCGUCCAGACACGCAAGAAGAAGGGCGAGAAGGAGGUGAGGAAACGCAUGAGAGAGGAGGAGCUACGUUCAGCAGAGCCUUUAUCCAGAGCCACCUACAAUAUGAGAUCAGCCAGGAGAAGAGAAACAUCAAUAUACCUCUGUGGGUACACUAAGGAUGUUCAUAGAACCAAGGGCCCAGCACUCACCAUCACAUCACUAGGUUAGCCCACUAAAGCACUAACCAUCACUAGGUUAACCCAUUCCCCGUACACAACAGAGACAGCUAGGGUAAGAUGCUACACCAUGCUAAGUACUGUUUUUAAGUGCCAGGAUGUACAACAUACAAUACGUUUGUACAUUAAAGGUCACAUGGCAUGAAAAUGUCACUUUAUGAGGUUUUCUAACAAUAAUAUGAGUAUCCCUAGCCUGUCUAUGGUCCCCCGGUGGCUAGAAAUUGCGUUGUAAAACGAGAACAAGGUAUCCUGCCCCGCCGUCGAAAAAACAAAGCUCAGAAGUUUAGAUUUGGAAUUGGGGCCAGGUGACCUCCUCUUUCUCUUCUUUGCCCGCCUAGAGAAUUUGGCCCCCCAAUGAGGUGUGUGUGUGUGUGUGUGUGUG